CUAUAGCUAGUAUAGAUCGAAAAAUAUGAUAUGAGACUAGUGAGACCGUCAAACCUGAAAGUAAAUAAAAUCCACGUGUUCUCAAAAUGAUCUUGGGAGUGAUAUUAUCCUUUGAGCUGUUUUUAUCCAGUGCUGAAGCUGGGGCAAUAGUGUCGCCUGAGGUCAGUCCAAAGGCUGCUCUAAAAAGUUUGGAUAAGCUACUAGAUGAACUCAAAAUCCUGGAGGAAGGUCGGCAAGAAGGCUUAAAAAAUGCGACUGGAAACCCAAAAUAUAAAACGGACCCUCGAAUGGUUGAAUUUCUAUCUGCCUUAUCGCUGGUAGAUUCCCUCUUUGUGGUAUAUCACAAAUACUAUAACGCGAUCAACACAUUGAUCCACUCGGAUGAGAAGUCAGCGGCCGCUCAUGAGGCAUUAGCAACCAUCAAAACAUCAAGACAGCAAUCCAUCCAACUUGCUAAGGUCAUACAGACAAGAGCAGGGAAUUUUAAGCUCGAUUCGCCCGGUUUAAGCGCAGACAAAAACUUGAACUUCUUACAAACCGUAUUUGAGGCCACUCACUUGAAAAACGAGGAAAUUGAGGCUCAACUUCGCACGGACUUCUACAGCUCACCAUUUACAAAGUAUAUGACUGAUAUGCCAGUUAUGCCUGAUGUGUCCGACAUUUCAUAAAAUGAUGCCCUCUUUCACAUUAAUUCACAUGUAAGACGGACCGCUGUGAGUCGAAAAGCUGCCCCCAAAAGCGCAGGUCAGUUGAUGAGCGAGCUUCAGGUCUUAGAGAAGAUUCGCCAAGACUCUUUGAAAAAAGCUUUCGGAAAUCCAAAAUACAAAGCAGAUCCCCGCAUGAUGGAAAAUCUUUCCGUCCUUUCUCUAGUCGACUCUCUUUUUCUUGAGUACCACAAUUACUACAACGCAAUGAACAAGUUGAUUCGCUCCGAUGAAGAAUCGACGGCUGCUCACCAGGCUUUGACUACCAUCAAGAGCUCCAGGGAACGUUUAAUAAAACUGUAUAAAGCCGUGACAGAGAAGGGAGGAAAACUCCAGAAACCCAAUGUUAGCACGGACAACCAAAUGAACUUGUUAGAGACCGUAUUUGGCAAGACUCUCAAGAAGAACGACGAAAUUGAGGCAGAACUUCGCGUUGAAUUUGAAAAAUCUCCGUUUAUAAACCAUAUGAAAAAUAUGCCGAAUCUACCGAACGAGUCUCCGUUUUAAUUCAAUCCACCUACACUCUCUUCCCCUCUACUCCUCGCUCCUCGCUCCUCUCUUCUUUCUCCGUCUCUUUCCCUCCACUUCUUAUGUGCGUAAACCCAUUUGUGUUUACAUGUAUAUAGUGCUGAUUGUCGUUUAUUGUGAAAAAUAUACAUUAUGCUAUAAAAAUUCAAA